CGGGAAUCACAUGAUGUAAAUUCUCUUCCAGUCCUGAAACUGUACACUUGGUUCUUGUAGAGUGAGUUAUUCGUCCCAGUGAUCGUCAGGAUAAGAAGGUCGGUGCUGUGUUGAGCUUUCCUUCCAGAUUUAAAACAUGUUGAACACCAGCCUUUAUGACAACUCGACCAGCACCGGGGGUCGUGUUCGCCCGCUCUGGUACAAUUACCCAGAAUGCGUCGUGUCCCCUCAGCCCUUUGCCUUCUACUUUGCGUGCAAGGUGAUCAACCUGGUCGUUGGCACUCCGGGCAACAUCUUCGUCAUCUGGCAAAUCGCUUCGAAAAAGAAGAACACCUCCACGUCGGACAUCUUCUUCCUCAACCUGGCCGUGCUGGACGCCUACUUCUGCUUGAUGACCCCUAUAGAGUUGGUCAACAGGCUGGAGCUGGACGACAAGAACAUCUGGAUCUUCCAGAGGUUUGCAUAUGGGGUGAAAGACCUAGCACCACUGUUUCUUGUGUGUAUCUGCGUGGACCGCUACAUGGCUGUCGUACACCCAGUGUUUUUCUCAAACUACCAGGAGACCAUCACCCGCGUUUGCGUUUGUGUCAUAAUCUGGAGUUUAAUAAUGCCCUACAGCAUCAUCAAGGGGAUCCACGGCAUUCUGAGCGUGACCGGCAUCUUCGCCGGGGUCAUCCUCUUUGCAUUCGCCGUUAUGCUCUUCUGCAACAUCUCCGUCAUCUGGGUCCUCCGGCACUCGGUGGCGGGGAAGGAAAAGAUGCACCCAGUGAAGAAGAGGGCCUUCAAGAUGGUGCUGAAGAACCUGGGCAUCAUCGUCUUCAACUACCUUCCCCCCGUGGCCUCCAUGCCCUUCGUGUCUUACUACACGCGGUUCGAGUACCUCUGUCUGAUCAGCAUCAGCGUGUUCGCCAUCAUGGACCUGAGCUGCAGCAUCGAGCCCCUGCUCUACAUCUCAAAGUUGGAGGGACUGAACGCUUUCUGCUGCAAGAGGGCCUCGGAGAGCCCGGCCGACGUCAAGGUUUAACCCGGCCGUGUGUGACGUCACCUCCCGUCCUCCACGUUUACCGACACCCCUACGGCUACAGAUGCACACAAGAGCCUUACAAGUAAAUAGUCAUCGUGGCGAUGUGGUGGAAGCCAAGAGAACGUUUGUUUUCUCCCGCUUAGAUAUUUUUAUCGUCUUGUCGCCUUCAAUAUUUUUUAUUUACCGACUAAUGAAGAUAAUCCCAUUAAUCUCGUGCUGAAAAAAGAGAAUUGUUGAUCCCACUUAAAUUUAUUGCUUCAGUUAGUAACAAGGAACUGAAUUAUGUUCAUCCAGGUUAAUAAUUAUGCUACAUUAGAUAAACACAAUAAAUUAACUUGUUUCCCAUCACCAGUUAUACCUGAGGGAAACAUAAAGUCUUGGCUACCAAUUAAAUAUUCCUUGAGACUUUGGAUAACUCAAAAGGUAAAGUAUGACUCAACAAAAUCAGAUUUGAACAGAAUAAUUCAAAAUGUUGUUUUUUUUCUCCAUUGAAAAGACUGGACUAAUUACUAAGUGGUUGAUAUUCAGAUUUUGCUGCUGCAAUAGAAGAGUAAUUUGAUGCCUCUGUAUCAGUGAUAGCAACAGUUACUGUAACUAACUCAUUUGAAUUAGCAGGGGAAAAAAAAGUUGUACGUCAAAUAAAAUACGUUUAAAAAUAUUAAAGGCUUUCUAUUAAACCCUCUA